AUCACAAUCGAACGAGUUGAAAACUAGCUCUGACUCUCAUUCCCAAAGUCUUGUCCAGAGAGAGCGGAUCACAAAGUGUAGAGACUGUGAUCCAGCUUCUCCUGCCCCACUCCCAUUGGCCGCCUGAGAUGGUCACACUUUCCGAAUCGCUGCAUACAUCACGUCGUUCUAUCCUAGCUGGCUCUUUCUUGACCCCAGCACGUAAUAUACAGCUCAGCUCUGUGAACAAAAAGGGCACGUUUGUGCUCAAGUAUGCAUGUCACACAUUCGCCGACACGAAAAUCUGCACAGCGGCGAUGCUCCUGCCUCAAGCACAAGGUAAAGCUGUACAAGCACAGGCUGAGGUUAAGCCGCCAACAUCGCAUUCAAGCGAUGCAAAAGACUCCCAAAAGCCAACAAGCCUUACUCAGACUACUGCUCCUCAAAUAUUAGCGCCUGCUGCGCCUUCAAGGCCUGCUUUCGUCUACGAGCUGGUUCUUUGCUUCAAGGAGAACCCGAAAGCCUAUUUCUUGGUUCCGCGCGACGCUAUCCUAGAGACCCUGAGUCCAACGGUGCUACGUUUUCACUUCUUGACUCUCAGACAAGCAGACAAGUCCAGUCCUCUACAGCAGCAGUCCAUCACGCUGGAGCUUUUGCACGCAUCUGCACAAGUCCUUGCAUAUCUUCGAGGUCACGUUCGCGAACAGAAUGAAGUGCGAAGCAAGUUGACGAGUGCUAUCCUGCACAUACAGAAGAUGCCCCUCGUCAAACUCGAGUACGAUGAUCCUAAGAGACCACCUGCUCGCCAAGUGGCCAUUACCAUGUUCAAGGACACCUCUGCUGAGCCUAGCACGCAGGUUGGUGUCGACUCCGUGCAAGAGGCAAGGGUACCCGCGGGAAAGAGUCGGACACUCAAAAGACGCAGCCUUGGUACUGCUCGCUCAAAGGCCGGUCUAGCCUCAGAAGCCGCCCCAUCUCCUGCACGGAAGAAAAGUAAAAGCCUUGAAGAGUGGCGUUGUGAUGUAUGUAUGACAUCCUCAAGAGCAGCACGCCCUGCGUCAAAGAAGAAGGCCCUGGUCUGUGAUACUUGUGGUACGAAGCUGCGUGCUCUUCUACCUAGCAAUAUGCAAGUUGAUCAGUCGAUUGGAGCCCAAACUCCCAAGGUCAGCUCGGACGUACGAAUACUCCAGUCUGAAAAUGUGUCAGGUCUUGGUGAUACGAAUGCACCAGUUGCACCAGCGACGGGCUGAUCAAUUCAUCUUGUUAGGAUGCGCACCACCGUACAAUCUAUGACUCGUUUACCUAGCGUUUCUCGACAAGCAAGAAGUGCAUGGCUGCAAAGGAGAGUGUCAAGAAUACACCGAAGUACACCGUGAGCCCGAGCAAGUCUGCCGAGAAUGCCUGUGCAUUGAAGCCAAAGGUGCUCAGGAUAGUUGCGCCAGGCACGUCGAUGCUCAGGCCAAAUUUCUUCUCUGUCAGAGUGAGGUAGGUGACCUCAUUCACUAGUAACGCUUCAUAGGCAUAAUGGAAAAUAGACAACUUCUGUAAGAAGCGAACGGGCCCAGGGAUGGAAUCUGGCGUUAGCAGACGGAAUGUCGUCUAGAUCAAUUACCAUGAUUGAGUAACAGACCAGCAAAGAGCAGACUGAAUAGCAUAAAUAGACUUCCUACCAGGUUUGCAAUGCUUGGCUCUUUGACCGUGAUACCAAUCAGCAGACAAACAGAGGCGGACGCAACGUUGA